GCGGCCGGCGGCGAAUUAGCCUAAGUUCUUAAAGAUGGCGGCGGAGCGGAGUCGCUCCCCGGUGGACUCGCCGGUGCCGGCCUCGAUGUUCGCCCCCGAGCCCAGCUCUCCGGGGGCGGCCCGGGCCGCGGCGGCUGCGGCACGACUCCACGGCGGCUUCGACUCGGACUGCAGCGAGGACGGCGAGGCGCUCAACGGCGAGCCGGAGCUGGAUCUCACCAGCAAGCUGGUUCUAGUGAGCCCUACAUCAGAGCAGUAUGACAGUCUACUUCGGCAGAUGUGGGAGAGGAUGGACGAGGGAUGCGGAGAGACCAUAUAUGUCAUUGGGCAGGGAUCAGAUGGGACUGAGUACGGGCUGAGUGAAGCUGACAUGGAGGCCUCCUACGCCACAGUGAAGAGCAUGGCAGAACAGAUAGAGGCUGAUGUCAUCUUACUGCGCGAGCGUCAAGAAGCUGGUGGCCGAGUGCGUGAUUACUUAGUCAGGAAACGAGUUGGAGACAAUGACUUCCUGGAGGUCAGGGUGGCAGUGGUGGGCAACGUGGAUGCCGGCAAAAGCACGCUCCUGGGAGUCCUAACACACGGAGAGCUGGACAAUGGCCGUGGCUUUGCCCGCCAGAAACUCUUCCGCCACAAACAUGAGAUUGAAUCUGGUCGAACCAGCAGCGUGGGCAAUGACAUUCUGGGCUUUGACAGUGAAGGCAACGUAGUGAACAAGCCAGAUAGCCAUGGUGGCAGCCUCGAAUGGACAAAGAUCUGUGAAAAGUCCACUAAAGUGAUUACUUUCAUAGACCUGGCUGGCCACGAGAAGUACCUUAAGACCACUGUUUUUGGCAUGACUGGCCAUUUGCCUGACUUCUGUAUGCUCAUGGUGGGCAGUAAUGCUGGCAUCGUGGGGAUGACCAAGGAGCACUUGGGAUUGGCAUUGGCACUCAAUGUACCUGUCUUUGUGGUUGUCACCAAGAUUGACAUGUGUCCUGCCAACAUCCUUCAAGAAACCCUGAAGCUGCUACAGCGCCUGCUGAAGUCCCCAGGCUGCCGGAAGAUCCCUGUCUUGGUGCAGAGCAAAGACGAUGUGAUUGUCACAGCCUCCAACUUCAGCUCUGAGAGGAUGUGCCCGAUAUUCCAGAUCUCCAAUGUCACAGGCGAGAACCUCGAUCUGCUCAAGAUGUUCCUCAACCUCCUGUCCCCCCGCACCAGCUGCAGGGAGGAAGAACCUGCCGAGUUCCAGAUAGAUGACACCUAUUCUGUCCCCGGUGUGGGGACAGUGGUGUCCGGGACCACGCUGAGGGGCCUGAUCAAGCUGAAUGACACACUGCUGCUGGGCCCAGACCCCUUGGGUAACUUCCUGUCCAUUGCUGUCAAGUCGAUCCAUCGCAAGCGCAUGCCUGUCAAGGAGGUGAGGGGGGGCCAGACAGCCUCCUUUGCACUGAAGAAGAUAAAGCGCUCAUCCAUCCGGAAAGGCAUGGUGAUGGUUUCCCCACGCCUGAAUCCCCAAGCCUCCUGGGAAUUUGAGGCUGAGAUUCUUGUCCUCCACCAUCCCACCACAAUUAGUCCACGUUACCAAGCCAUGGUACAUUGUGGGAGCAUUCGGCAGACAGCUACCAUUCUGAGCAUGGAUAAAGACUGUCUGCGCACAGGAGACAAGGCCACUGUCCACUUUCGUUUCAUCAAGACCCCCGAGUACCUGCACAUAGACCAGCGGCUGGUGUUCCGGGAAGGUCGCACCAAGGCUGUUGGCACCAUCACCAAGCUCCUCCAGACAACCAACAACUCCCCCAUGAACUCCAAGCCCCAGCAGAUUAAAAUGCAAUCCACAAAAAAGGGUCCCCUGAGCAAACGAGAAGAAGGAGGUCCAUCUGGCGUGCCAGCGGCAGGGGGCCCCCCCACUGGAGAUGAAGCUUCCUCUCUAGGGACUGCACAGGCUGCUACAUCCAGUGGUCUCCAGCCACAGCCCAAGCCCAGCAGUGGGGGCCGGCGACGAGGGGGCCAGCGCCACAAGGUGAAGUCCCAGGGGGCCUGUGUGACUCCUGCCAGCGGCUGCUGAAUAUCCCCGGUCCACUUAACCACCCACGGGUCCUCACUCUGGCUGCUGCUCACCAGCUGGGCAGAGCAGCUUUGACCACCACCCGCCCACUCCAGCCCACAGCCAGAGCAUCCUUGUUACCACAGCUCCAUUUUCCAGGGGGCGACUGUAAUUUAUAAGAUGAGGGUGGACCAGAUGUCUGAGGACUGACCGUCAUCCCCCACCUGCCUCCUCCCUUACUCAUGUCUUUCGUACAUCUGGGCCCUUAAUUUCUAUUUUCUAUUCUAUAUCUGUGUCUCGUGUGUGUGCGUGUGCGUGUGUGCGUAUAGGGGUGUGUGCAGGGGUGCAGCUGACCCUGUCGGUCUCCGUUUUAGUCCUGGCUGACCACUAGCCUUCAAGAGCUGCCCCCGGUCCUUCCAUCCAUCUGUGUCUGUCUCAGUGAGAUCCUCAGAGCCUUUAGGGAACCUUAGGAGCCCAAGGCACCUCUCUUCCCUGGCCAAUCGCCCCUCUUGGAUGGAAGCUCUCCUUUGGCUUAAUAGCUUCUGCCAGAGCAGGGAUCCCCAAUCUAAGAUUUGGGGAGUUUAAUGGAAAGUGGUGGCCUCCCGUCUCUCCUUUCCCCUCCUAAGCUCCCAAGCAGGUAAUGCCGAAAGCUCUUCAGUGGCACCUGUGGUCUGUGGAGGGCAUGGUGACUGCGUUAGAGGAUUGCCCAUCCUGACUUUUUUGUUGUUUUCUUGAGACAGGGUUUCUCUGUGUAGCCCUGGC